GUCGAGAUGGUGAGUUCUAAACCGGCCCAUUACAGAGGCAAACGGGUUGGGUUUGGCAACUCACCACUUGCGUGCUAAAACAGACCAAAACCCGAAUAAGCAAAUUUUUUGAGAAGAAAUAAAUUAAAGCAAAAAUAAAGUGUCAAAAUUCAGGAAAAAAAAAAGUAAAAAACGGAAAUUCAACAAAGAGGAAGAAGAACGAGAACAAAAAUAAGAUUAGGCAUCAAAUAAACACGGCGGAAGAUUCUCUCUCUCGGCGAAAACUUCGUCCUAUUACUCAGUUCUCCGUCUUCUUUCGAUUUGUGAAGCAGAGAAUUUGGGGGUUUGGAGUUGGUGAUAAAAGUUGCUGAGUGUUUGAUCCAAAGGAGCUGGAAUUUGGAAUAAUUGAGGUUUUUCCUCCUCUUUGAAAAGGAUUCAGUAGUCCCAGUUGGUGAUUUGUUUUGGACUACUUUCAGUUUGGUAUUUUGUUUCAGCCUUGAUCAUUGAGCUCAUAUGACAUGGGGCAAGAACCAAGAAGAUUCCUCAAAAUGAAGUAAUCGAUUGCAGGAUUUGACUUUUAAGCGAUUAUGACUCUCGACGACUUCUUCACCUUGACUGAGAUGAAUAAUGGGCUUGCAGUCCCUUCUCGAGUCAAAGAACUUGUGGCUGUUAUGCAGAAAGAUGUUGACUGCGUUGUGAAGAAUGUUGGUGAAGCAACUAGGCAGUGGUCUGCGGUUGCAAGUGCUAUAGCUGCAACUGAUAAUCAGGAUUGCCUUGAUCUUUUUAUUCAUUUAGAUGGCCUUCACUUUAUCGGUAAGUGGUUGAGCGAUGCCCAGAAAUUUAGCAACGACUCAAGCAGCAGCUUUCUGGAAGAGUCAAUUACUCAUUUGCUGCAAGCACUUGGAAAGCUGCAGGUGGGGUAUGAAAAAGUGGUUGAUACGGAAAUAUGGACAACUGUUGAAGGUCUCCUCGUCCACAAUAGUUCCAAGGUACAGGAUAAAGCUAAAGCUCUAUUUGAAAGCUGGAAAAAGAAGAGGGAUGCUACUUUGACAGUUGUUGAUGUGGGGAAAGGUGCGGAUGCUGGGAGAAGUAAUGGGCAUUUGGAAUUAUAUCAGACAGAUGACUCUCUUUCCAGAGAGACUUCUUGUAAAGAAAAAGUCCAGGAAUCAAACAGAGAUGAUUUAUUGCUUUCUACAAGUUCUACUGUUGUCCAUGCUGACCUGGUUGGAAACACACAUAAUUCCGAUAAAAUUUUGAUUUCCUCAGUUGGGGAUGACAGACCCUUGGAUCAUGUUGGUUCGCCUUCCUCACCUAAGCCUGCUAUUGAUCUUCCUGUUUGUCAUUCAACAGGUGCUACCUCGAUUGAAUCUUGUAAUCCAGGUGUUUCUGGAGAAGAUACUCUUAAUGGCAGGUCAGAGUUUCACGAAUUGGAGUCAGCUAGUGAUAUAAAGAAUGCCACAAAAAUUGAGAGUUCACCGGAGAAAUUAGGAUCAUUCAAAGAAGACAGACCUUCUCCUUCAAACUCUAAUGCUGCAGAUGCAAUGAGAUCAACAACAGAACCCAUUUCACAAGAAAAACCUGUAGAUGGGAACAAAAGUUUGUGCAAUGAAGGUUCAUCAUAUCUUAUGUUGCUCAAAUCCUCUAGCGGUGAUAAAAGUUUGGAAAAUGUUAAGGAGCUAGGGGAAUUCCUAUCAGGGGUUGAAGAUCGUAGAAAGAUAAAAUUACAUGACCUGCGUGUACCUGGUGAUAAUUUGGCAAAUGAUUAUAAGUUUACCAAGAAGGAAAAACGUAGAGAACCUGAUCGUGAUUCUAAAAAGUCUGAUAUGGAACUCUAUGGAAUCAUAGAUCCUCUAGAAGUUGCUAGGCAAGUUGCCAUGGAUUACAGAGAACAAAGUUGCAGUUCUUCUGAGGGACUACGAGAACGUAAUGUACAGCAGCCUGAUGAUAGCUCGGACUCUGUGAGCGGAAAACAAUCCCAUGCCAGUGAGGGUUCGCCUAAGGAGGUUGCUGAGGAUUCAGAUUCAGCAAUGCAGGAAGAAUCUGCCACAAGCACUGGACACUUGGAUGCUGAGCAGACUAAUGGAAUACAUAGAGAUAUGGAUACUUCUCAAGUCACAGAGGCAACUCAAGAAGAAGCAAAUAAUAUGGAGAAAGCCACGUGCGGUUUUGAUCUGAAUGAAGAAGUUUGUUUGGAAGAUGCUGACCGUCCGGUGAAUCAAAUCCCGACACCUGUCUCGAUUGUUUCUGCUUCAAGAGCAGCAGCAGCAGUUCGUGGGCAGCCUGUUGCUCCAUUGCAAUUCGAGGGGAAUCUUGGAUGGAAAGGUUCUGCUGCAACAAGUGCUUUCCGCCGAGUGCCAGAAACUGAAAAGGAUCUUUCCGGUGGGGGAAGCAGUAGCAGUUCGAAGCAACGACAAAGAGGUCUUGAUAUCGACCUGAACAUGACUGAAGGUAUUGAUGGCAGAACAGGAGAGCUGUCACCUGAUAAAAAUGUUCGUUUGUUUUCUGGUGAAUCUUCUCUAGAAAGAAAUCCAAGAAGAGCUGAACUUCUCGAGCUGGAUCUGAACUGCACGAGUGAAGAUGGCGGUCGCCCUUCAGAUUGGGGACAACAAUUUUUCCCCCAAAGAAAUGGCCACCACCAAAGCUGGUCUCAUUCUUCUUCGUCGUCGUCAAAGCAGCCUUCUUUAAUGAGUUUCGACCUGAAUGAUCAACCGUCUUUCCUCAACGAUUCUUCAAGUAAUUCGUAUUUAAGCAAGCUAUCUCAGAAUUUCAACGUCUCGGGGGGUAUAAAAUCAGAUGACUCAGUAAUAUCCAUAAUGGGCACUCGAGUAGAGGUCAAUCGCAAGGAUUUCGUUUCUCCAACUCUAGCUAUGCCAAAUGGCAGAAAUUCGGAACUUGCAUUUGAUGUUAAUAUGGGAAGAACAGGGAGUUUUUUGGGGGUUGGAUCUGUUCUUCCAUAUCCCCAUUAUGGUUACAGUAACAUUGCACCUGGCCCCACUAUGCCAUUCUCCUCUACAAUGUACGGAUCUGGUGGGCCCAUUCCGUACAUGAUGGAUUCUAGAGGUGCACCAGUUAUCCCCCAGAUUGUUGGCUCUGCUUCAGCUGUGCCAACGGGUUUCUCUCAAACGCCGUUUUUCAUAAAUAUGAACAACCCAAAUCCUUCAAAUGGAGCUGUAGCUGUUGGACCUUCAAGAAACAGUUUUGACCUCAACUCGGGAACAGUGGUGGAAGGUGGAAGUAGGGAUCAUCAUACUGCAGGCUUUGCACAGUUUUUGAACUCGGGCAGAGUCAGGUCAAUUGACGAGCAGAUUAGGUCAAAUUCCGAAUCAACUGUGAGUUCGGUUGGGGGUGGAAAGCGUAAAGAACCGGAUAGUGGGUGGGAGCAUUACCCUUUUAGACAUUAUACGCCUCCGUGGAAAUAGGUUCAAUAAAUAUUAUCUGGUCUUCGUUUCUUGGGAUUUGAUUAGGAGGAAAGAGUAUGCUAAGUGACUUUUAUAGGAUUAGUUAACCUGAGGUUAAAAGAGUUGCAUACUAACGUAGGUUGAGAUGGACCGAUAGGAGCUUAAAUAAAUGAGGGGAAUUGUGGGUGUGUUUGAUUCUUGAGAUAAGUUAGCCAGAGAAGUAUAGAAUUGUUUUUUUUUUUUUUCUUUUUUCGGUUUUCGAAUUUUCUCGUCUCUUUUAUGCUUCAGCAAAUUUCAUAUUGUAGCGUUCAUCUUUUACGUGUUCGGUGGAUGUACAUAUAAUAUGCAUGUUCCAUGUUUAUGGAAGACAUUUUUUAGGAGCUGCAAAAUUGAUUGCUGUUUCGACUGUGUGGCUGUUAUAUUUUCUCUUUCCGAA